CACAAACGAAAAUAUUAUAAUUCAAAAGUAGGUGGAUUGUCUCCCACAUAACACUUCUUUUGGGUCGUUAGCUUAACGUAUGUUUUUCUUUUUACUAAACUAGUUUAUGCUAGCCUAUGUUAUGACACUAAUUGGGCCAUAUCCAAAAACCCGGUCCACAAUAACAAAGGAUUUCGAGGGUUUAGCAUUGCAUCUUCUUCUCGUUGCUGCCUCUUUUCUAUCUUAAAAUCCAAAUACGUUUCUAUUCAAUUUCACAACAAAUCUAAAGAUGCAGAACGAAGAAGGACAAAUCACCGAGCUCUACAUCCCUAGGAAGUGUUCUGCCACAAACAGAUUGAUUACAGCUAAGGAUCAUGCUUCGGUUCAGAUUAACGUAGGUCACCUGGAUGAGAGCGGUGUCUACAAUGGUCACUUCUCCACUUUCGCACUCUGUGGCUUCACUCGCGCUCAGAUGAUUGUUCUCAAAGACAUUGUGCCUGCUGCUCAAAACAACAUAGACACUAAAUUUAUAAUCUUGGAAAAAGGGAAGACAACACUUGAAGGGCAAAAUAAAGUGUGUUUGGCGCUUGUAGCUGAUGAGACUGCGGCGGUGCAUUUUCAGCUUUGGGGAGAUGAGUGUGAUGCUUUUGAUUCAGGUGAUAUAAUUCAUCUAACCAAUGGCAUAUUUUCCUACCAGCGCAGCAACCUUAUCUUAAGGGCGGGUAAGAGAGGGAAGUUAGAGAAGAUAGGAGAGUUUACUAUGUCCUAUGUUGAGACACCAAACAUGAGUGAGAUUCAUUGGAUUCCAGAUCCAACUAAUUCUAAGAAGUAUAUGCAGGAGCGUGUAAUAUCUCCCCAUUCACGCAUUUUCCCCCCAAUUUUUGUAGUUUAAUACAUUUUUACUCUCAGCAAAUGUUACCAACUUGUUUGUUGAUAAACCUGCCUUUUAGUUUUAUUUGUACACUUUCAUUCACCUUGCAAAAAGGAAGGCAGUCUUUUUUAUUA